CAGCGUGGUCAGGUGAUCCGACUCGGAGCAGCUGUGCAGCUUCUCCUUCGCUCACCGGGAGACAACGGAGAGGCACCGGCGGCGAGCGCACGMUUUUACGAGACGCUUAAAGCCUUGGUGAGGGGAAGAAAAGUUUCCGUCAGCUGCACUGGUUUUUAAGGACACGACAUGGGGGACCGGAUGGCUUUACUGCUGCUGGUUGUAGCGGCUUCGGCUCUGGAGGUUCCUACUGAUGUUUCCAUGGGUCUGCUGGCUGAGCCGCAGGUGGCCAUGUUUUGCGGUAAACUCAACAUGCACAUCAACGUGCAGAGCGGCAAGUGGGAGCCUGACCCCUCGGGCACCAAGAGCUGCAUCGGUACCAAAGAGGGCAUCCUGCAGUACUGCCAGGAGGUGUAUCCAGAGCUCCAGAUUACUAAUGUGGUGGAAGCCAAUCAGCCUGUCAGCAUCCAGAGCUGGUGCAAAAAGGGGCGCAAGCAGUGUCGCAGUCACAUGCACAUAGUGGUGCCCUACCGCUGCCUGGUGGGAGAAUUUGUGAGUGAUGCCCUGCUUGUUCCUGACAAGUGCAAGUUCCUCCACCAGGAGCGCAUGGACCAAUGUGAGAGCCACCUGCACUGGCACACUGUAGCCAAAGAGUCUUGCGGAGACCGCACCAUGAAUCUCCACGACUACGGGAUGCUGCUGCCUUGCGGCAUCGACCGUUUCAGAGGAGUGGAGUUCGUGUGCUGCCCCACUGAGGCGGAACGCGACGCCGACAGCGCGGAGCAGGACACCGAUGACUCUGACGUCUGGUGGGGCGGAGCGGAGGCAGACUACUCCGAAAACAGCAUGGUGCGGGAGCCGGAGCCAGUCGUGCAGCAAGAAGAAGCCAAGCCAUCUGCGGUAGUGGAGGACGAGGAGGUGCCUGAGGAAGAUGAGGGAGGCGACGAYGAAGAGGAGGAGAACGAGGAGGUGCUGGACAACGACCAGGACGGGGACGGGCAAGAGGACGAAGAGGCGGAUGAAGACGAGGAGGAGGAGGACGACGACGCAGUUGACAUCGAUACGCUUGAUGACGGCGACGACGAGCUCACCACCAACGUGGCCAUGACGACAACCACAACCACCACCACAGAGUCUGUGGAGGAAGUGGUCAAGGAUGUGUGCUGGGCCGACGCAGAGACCGGUCCGUGUCGGGCCAUGCUGCCCCGCUGGUACUUUGACCGACAGGAGGGUCGCUGUGUUCGRUUCAUCUACGGCGGCUGCGGAGGCAACAGGAAUAACUUUGAGUCGGAGGAGUACUGCCUGGCUGUCUGCCGCAGCGUCAUGCCCACAGCCAUGCCCAGCUCGUCCGAUGGAGUGGAUCACUACCUGGAGACGCCUGCUGAUGAAAAUGAACACGCUCACUUCCAGAAAGCUAAGGAGAGCCUGGAAGCCAAACACCGCGAGAGAAUGUCCCAGGUGAUGAAGGAGUGGGAAGAAGCAGAGAGGGAAGCCAAAAAUCUUCCACGUGCCGACAAAAAGGCAGUUAUUCAGCGUUUCCAGGAGAAGGUGGAGGCGCUGGAGCAGGAGGCAGCCAGCGAACGCCAGCAGCUGGUGGAGACCCACAUGGCCCGGGUGGAGGCUCUGCUCAACGACCGCCGCCGCCUGGCUUUGGAGAGCUACUUGACCUCUCUGCAGCAGGACCCACCCAGGCCCCAUCACGUCUUCAGCCUGCUGAAGAAGUACGUCCGUGCUGAGCAGAAGGACCGGCAGCACACACUCAAACACUUUGAGCACGUUCGCAUGGUGGAUCCCAAGAAGGCGGCCCAGAUUAGACCUCAGGUGCUCACCCAUCUGCGUGUCAUCGAGGAGCGCAUGAACCAGUCUCUGGGACUCCUCUACAAAGUGCCAGGUGUAGCCGAUGACAUCCAGGACCAAGUUGAGCUCCUGCAGCGAGAGCAGGCAGAGAUGGCCCAGCAAUUGGCCAACCUGCAGUCAGACGUGAGGGUGAGCUACGGGAACGACGCCCUGAUGCCCGACCAGGAGCUGGGGGACGGUCUGACCGACUUCCUGCCCCAGGAGGACACGCUGGGAGGAGUGGGCUUCAUCCACCCUGAGAGCUUCAACCAGGUUGAGCUGAUGGACACUCGUCCCAAUCUUGACAGAGGAGUUCCCACACGGCCAGUGACUGGAAUGAAGAUGGAGGCAAUUCCUGAGCUGCGGAUGGAGACGGAGGACAGGCAGAGCACAGAGUAUGAAGUUCACCACCAGAAACUGGUCUUCUUCGCAGAGGAUGUCGGCUCUAACAAGGGGGCCAUCAUCGGCCUGAUGGUCGGAGGCGUCGUCAUAGCAACGGUGAUCGUCAUCACCCUGGUGAUGCUGAGGAAGAAGCAGUACACCUCCAUCCACCACGGAGUCAUUGAGGUGGACGCUGCUGUCACCCCUGAGGAGCGCCACCUGUCCAAGAUGCAGCAGAACGGUUAUGAGAACCCCACCUACAAGUUCUUUGAGCAGAUGAACUGAGGAGAAUAUCACAUGAAGGCACCAUCACCUCCCACCUCAUCCCUCCCUCCACAUCAAACACACCUCCCUCCUCCCUCCCUCCCUCCCUCCCUUCAAUCAGCUCCAUGUCUCCAGGAGGCAGCCCAGCUUAGAGACCAGGAGUGACAGAAAUAGUGACUGUAGUCAGGGUUUCUCUUUUCUUCUUUCUUUCUGUCKUUGUUGGCCGGGCUAAACCCACGCCUGUUUCUUCACUUAAUUAGAGCAGAGAAAUGAGAUUUUACGAUGUUGCUCUGUCUGGGCCUGCUGAUGUACAGAGAAGAGGCUCCUCCGCUCGCCCCGGGGGUGUCGGAACAAAACCGCCACACUGAUUCAGGGACGGUGUUCUGCUGGGUUCUCUUUUAUGGCCUUGGGGUGGCUGUAGGUGUGUGUUUAUUUAUGGGUGAACCUGACCUCUGAUCAGUCAUGAGCACACRCUGAUCUGGGCCUCAUUUAAUUACAAAAAACAUUUCAAAUCCUGAAACAUUUAAAUGUUAAACACGAUUAAUUUGAAACGAGACUUGUCCACCUGCUGCGUUUCACCCUACAGUCUACACUGGAGUAAAAGUGAGCCUCCUCCUCCUCCUCCUCCUCCUCCAUCACCCCUCCUCCUCAUCAUUUUGUUUGUCAUACAACAGCUGGGCUGGGUUAGGUCACACAAGGCUCUUAAGGAUAUCAGGAGACAAUGUUAAAAAUAAAAAGUUUAUCAUUUCCACUUUUUGUUUUUUCAAAAAAAAAUAAAAAAAGAAAAGAAAAACGAUGUAAAGUCAUGUUUUUUUUAUUGCGUGUAAUGUUGCUGAAGUCCUAGCUGUUCCUCUGUAGUGUGCAUGACAACAAUGACAACUGGAUUUAAAGAAAAAAAGUCAUCCGAGCUCCUUUUACCUCGUGUAGAUUGUCAUUCUUGCAAGAUUGUACAUUUUGGCAUCCUCUUGUUGCUCACAUGACUCCAGAUCUAAAUCUAGACCAACAGGCCCUGCUUUGAGAUCAUGUAAAGAAACACUUUUGUUUURAUUUUAAACGUACCACUUUACUGAAGCUGCAUGAUGGUGGGGCUGGCUUCAUCUUUAUUAUUAUUAUUAUUAUUUGUUGUUGUUGUAUAUUUUUAUUCAGCAGAUGCUGAAAAUGUUUUCCGGGAAGAUUUAGGCUUUGUUGUUUGGAUGCAGGUUAAACUAUUCAAGAUGAAUAAAUCUGCAUGUCUUUGUCGUCAUUUAUCUGUUUAUGAGCUGUCUCUUUCCUAGUUCAGUCGCMUUUUUUUCUUUCUUUCUGUGGAUCAGAUGGGUUGAGUGCUGAGAUGUGUGGAGGAAGAGGAGGAAGGAGAGGAAAUGACUUGCAGUUCCGGAUGGAUAGCCAGCCAGGCAGGCAGUCUAUGUAUAUAUAAUGGAUUUUCACCACCCCCUCUCCUCGUCCUCCCCCUCCUCCUUCAUCUUUUCUUUUUCUUCAGGCGUGCUGCUCACCUCUCUGCACGCUCCUCAGAGAGGCAGGGGUGUAGAURUAUAGGUGACGUUUACCAUCAAAAGCUUGAGAGCGAUCCGGCAUUGUUCCUCCUCCGUCACCGUCAGCACACUCCAUGUAAAGAAUGGCAGCGAGUGUUCUCACACUGUUAAUAAGGUGUCUAACGGUGAAAUCUGUCUUGUAAUGGUGAGUGAAGGCUUCGUUUUUGGGCUGCAGCAGCAAGGUGAGGGAGUUGUUUUGUUUUUCUCUCAGAGGGUGCUUAGAAGCCCAGCAGAGGGCAGUAGAGUAGAAGAGAAAGCUGGAUUUUAUUUUUAUUUUCCUGUGGGCUGUAUAUUGUUUUCUUUUUUCUUUUUUUUUUCCUCCACUGUGUAAUAUUGUGCAGGCCAUUUGCAUUGACUGAGAAAACGCUUUCUACACUGUAUUCCAUAUUAAAGUUUUGAAUGUACAUACCAAA